GAAAGUUGUUCUUAACCAAACCCAACUGUUACUCUUAACAGGUUUGCAGAGCCCACCAAAGUCUAAAAUAAAUUACUCAGAGGCUGAUUCAGCACAAUGAUAUUUUUUGUGGGGUUUUGGACCUCAUUUUAACUUUUUACUAUUUAUCAGUCAUAAAUUGACUGAUUCUUUGCUGAAAAUAAUGUUCAGUCCUCAUCUAAAUAAAUCGGUGGGAUUCCCAUCUACAUGGAAAACCAAUCAGCAGUUGACUGUAAGCAGCACCCAGACAGAUGAGAUAAGCACAACGGAGAAUGAAUGCCAAGUGCUGCAAGCCGAGAAUGCUGCUGUGCAGACAGAUGCCAUUAUUCCUCCAGCAGUUGGUUCAUCUUCUGUUGAUGAAUCUUCACUUCUUGAUUUCUUACGAAGAAUCACUCCUAAAGUGUUGGAAGAACUUGAGAAACAGAACCGCAGUGUUGCCUUUGAUAGCUACAAUGGCAUUAAUGAAGAAGAAGACCAUGGGACUGCACUGCUCCACACCCUCCGCUGGCCAGGGCUUUUUGCUCAGGGUGUUGUGACUGGGUUAUCAUGGAGCAGCACUGGGGCGGUGGUCGCUGUGGCGUACGGAGCUGACACUCAUGACACUUGGUGCAAGCAUCGCUCAGCUGUUGCUCUGUGGAACCUCAACAGGUGGGAAGUGAACGUGUACGACCUGUCUGACAGCGAGAGCGUGGCGCCCGUCAUGACGAGCUUCUGUGGGGGCAGCGGCGUGUCGUGCCUGGCGUGGUAUGGCAACCACGUCAGUGCCCUGGCGGCUGCCACGCAGGGCGGUCACGUUCUCUGCUGGUCACUCAAUUAUGCCAAGCAAGCCAUGACGCUUGAGUCUGCAUUCAUCAUAACUGAAGAAGACCUUCCCCGCGGUCACCGCCCUGGUAUCAACAGCAGGUCUCCUGAGGGCGGCGUGGGCAUCACGUCUUUCUCUUUCAACUCUGAAGACCCGAGCGUUUUUGUUGCUGCUGUAGAAGGGGGGAGCCUUCUGCUCUGCACUACCCUCAAGCAGCCUAACCAGCCCGUGGCGACGCUGUACAGCGAGGCGCCCCUCACGGCCGUGCAGUGGUCGCCUGCUCGUCCCGUCCUCGUCGCCACGAGCCUCUUCUCUGGCCAGGUGAACUUUUUGGACGUGUGCGCCGUACAGCAGCAGCAGCAGACGCAGGCGGACGCUGCAGGCGAGGCCAACAAGCCGCUGUUGUCGCUGCCGCCUCUUGAGAAAACUGCUCCUGUGACUGCCAUGCGCUUCAGCCAUGCCAAUUCAACGUUGCUGGCGGCAGGCGACAGCUUGGGGCGCGUGCGGGUCUGGCGGUUGCCCACUAACGUGGUCUCCCCUCACACCGCCGACUUCCCGCGCCUUAAAGCUGCACUUGAGCGCGACGCUGAACUCUAAUCCGUUACGCUUCACUAAUUGCGGGUAGAUUACCACAGUACCUCUUUCUAAGGGUAAUAGACGAGUGAAAAUAUUGCUGAAAAUAUUGCUGGUGUUUGACUUAGGCACGUAUAUCAAUAUUGACAGCAUUAAGAUAAAUCAAUCCGUUGAUCUUCACUAAUUGCGGGUAGAUUACCACAUUACCUCUUUCUGGGGGUAAUGGACGAGUGAAAAUACGGUUGGUGUUUGACUUAGGCACGUAUAUCAUUAUUAAUAGACAGCAUUUGGAUAAAUCAUAUUUUAGGUCAAACUAGUUAACAAGAUGAGAAACUGGGUCAUAACUCCGUUAAUAUAACGGCAUCACUUGAGUGCCGAAAUUGAUCUAUGGUUUAAUCUGCUGUGAUGCAACUACUCUACUAAUUCGCCCUCAAUAGAUCUAGUUUUGUUUUAUUGCAAUUUUAUAACUGAUUUCGAGUUUUGCACGUUUUAAAAACAUAUACACAAGGUUUGGAAGUAUUAAUAGCGGCACUUAAUUCGACAAGUCUCUUUUUGUCGUUGGAAAAGCACUGUAACUGGCCAGGAUUCUCAUUUGAAACGUCAACUGAACUAUAAUGCCACAUGGCUUACGCUUCGUGCCUUCUAGCCAGCAUUCACAACUCUUUGCAUUGGUUGCAAUGUUUAGGAAACAUGUUUUACUCUAUGCAAGUUUCGCACAUUCAUAGAUUUAUGGACGCACAAAUCUAACGCUUUCGUAUUCUAUGUCUUAGAUUCCAGAAUUUCUAACUUCUCCCAUAGACGUGCAAUGAUUGCCAGGGACUGGAAUGCACUCGUUCCAUUCUAGAAAUUUCCAGUAUUUCAGUCUCAAAUAAUUUUCCUCGCGUUAGAAAACUUUUUCAUCGUGUGUGUUGGUCAUGUUGACGCUUGCAACAAAUUCUCAUCGUCAGUUAUUGCGUACCACUGAACUGCUAUCGUUAUGAACUCGACGAGUUGCAUACUUCAUUUCCGUCCCAAUCGUCUUAUUACUGUGAUACAUGGAAUGUUUAAAUAUUCCAUAUUCUUUAUACUAGUCAGGUAUGAUUCCAGCGCAGAGUUCAUUGACCUAAGCCGACCAAUUUAGUAGAUAAAACAUUAUAUAUGCUGUCAAGUAUUCAAUUUCUAUAUUACUAUCAAUGUGUGCAUUUUUCUUUUGUUAUAUAAGCACAUUUAAAAUCACGUCGGAAUG